CGAGCGCAGUCUGUAGUUGCGUGAUCACAGCUGGGCUUUCCUCAGUCAGUCAUCCAGCAAGCCUCCUGUACCACCACACGCUCUGUACACUAGAUCCUGGAUUUGAUCAGAAAUGUUUUUCUGUAGAUCGGCUUGGCAGAGACUGGGGCUCCUGGCACGAAUGACAGCCGCCCUACCUUUAUCCAGAAAUGUGGUUCCAGUGCGGCAGAUGUCCGUCGGGAUCCCCGGUGGCUCUGCCACCAACGUGGCGUACGCCGUUCUGUGUGGAGGAGGCCUCACUGCCGCUGUGGUCUACGCUUACAAGACAGUGAAUGGCGACAGUGAGCGGUACAAUGACCGACUCGCCGAGAUGAACUUGAGGCCCAAGGAAGCAGCACCAGCAGCAGAGGAAGCAGCACCAGCAGCAGAGGAAGCAGCACCAGCAGCAGAGGAAGCAGCACCAGCAGCAGAGGAAGCAGCACCAGCAGCAGAGGAAGCAGCACCAGCAGCAGAGGAAGUAGAAUCCCCAGAAGAACCGGCACCAGUAGAAGCCGAGGUGUUAGCCGAGGUGUUAGCCGAGGUGGCCGCUGAGACAGUCGAGGAGGCGCCUGCAGCAGCAGAGGAAGUCGUGGCAGAGGUUGCAGUCAAAUCCGUCGCUGUCCUAGAGGUUGCUGCGGAACCAGAUGUCGUCGCAGUUGAGGAGGCGCCCGCAGUGGAAGUUGCCGUGGUUACGGAAGAAGCUCCACCGGAGGCUGACGCAGAGGCCGUCAUCGAGGACGUCGCAGAUGCGGCUCCUGGCGUCGUGGAAGAGGUCGUUGCCGUGGAGGCCGCCGGUGAGGAAGUAGUGGCCGAAGUAGUGGCCGAGACGUCUCCCACCGCCCCUGAGGCAGAAGCAGCCCCUGCCGCCGAGGUGGCAGCAUGAGGGGUCAAAGGUCAACCUAGAGGGGUGUGUUUAGCUGUGGUGUGUCCCUCUUACUACUACCCCCCCCCCCCAACCCUACACCUGACCCCCUCCCCCCCUUCCCUCACAGGCCCCCUCUACACCCUAUUCCCUAUGUAGUGCACUACUUUCCCUGGUUUAAAGUAGCACCCUGCGUACGGAAUAGGGAGCCUCUUUGGAUCACAGCCCCCUAUCUACCAGCACAUGUUACAAUAGGAAGCAGGAGGUGGACUAUGUUCUGUUAUAGAACACUUUAGUUAGGUAUGACGUCAUGGUGACUGGGACAGCUGCCUCUUCUCAUUUCUGACUCCUUUACACCACAGCUAAAUACAUAGCCGUUUCAGGUUUUUAAAUCAUUCCCAGUCUAUUUGUCAAGCAAUAUGGUCCUAUUUAUCAGUGGGGACAGGAGUGUGUUUUUUCUGGUCGGUUCAUGGUUGGGGAAAACUCCUGGCUCUGUUUUUCUGAGGAGUUCCUAGGUGUUAAAGGGGAAGUAAAGGGAGAUAUUGGAUUUAUGAUGGUACAUGUUGUCCUGACCCACAAACCUAUGUGCCUCUGAAAUGUCACCCUAUUCCCUAUAUAGGGCCCAUAGGCUCUGGUCAAAAGUAGUACAUUGUCACUAUAUAGGGAAUAGGUUGGCUUUUUUGGACACUUCUAAUGUAAAGUUUUCCCAAGUGGCCCUUAGAAUUCAGGACAGAAAACGGCAACUUCUUUUCCUUCACUUUUGUCUGAAUGACUUUGUCCCUUAAGAUUCCAGAUGGAUGGCGGAGUUCUCCAUAAUGUCAGUCUGCCAUCUUGGCUUUGUUAAAGUUUCCAAUCCAUUUUGACCGUGCGUUGAACGUGCUCCAAAUUCCGAUUGAAAGGAAGGUCAUGUUAUGAACCUCGAGACGAUAAGCACUUCAAGCAGGUUCAAUGGUUAUUAUGCAAGUAAUAAAUGUACCAGUUAGAGAAAAGCAUUUCAA